GGGGUUUAACCCGGGAUGUUACUGGGACGCAUUCGGUGACCGGACUCUUGCUUGCGGCUUUGAUCGCGGUCUGUGAGCCUCGGCGCUGACCGUGAAGACGCUGUUACAAUGAGUGGAGCCGCCCUCGGAAUCGAGAUCGUCUUUGUCUUUUUCCUGGCUCUCUUCCUUUUACACCGAUACGGAGACUUUAAGAAACAGCACAGGCUCGUGAUAGUCGCAACUCUCCUAGCCUGGUACCUCUGUUUCUUGAUAGUCUUUAUCUUGCCGCUGGAUGUUAGUACGACUAUUUACAAUCGAUGCCUCGCCAGAAAUUCAUUCUCACCGGUCACCAUCAACACAAGCCAGUUUGCGGCCACAACCACAGUAGCCGCGGUUGACAAUGUUUCCCGGCCUCAGGUCGAUAAGAACGCACUGAGGAGUGCUGAUAACGCACCACCCCAGGAGUGUUACAAACCAUGGAGCUACAUUCCCAAAGGCAUCAUGCCGAUAUUCUGGCGUGUGGUCUAUUGGACGUCCCAAUUCCUCACUUGGAUUCUCCUGCCCUUCAUGCAGUCCUAUGCACGAUCUGGUGGCUUCUCCAUUACAGGGAAAAUUAAGACGGCCCUUAUUGAGAAUGCUAUUUACUACGGAACAUACCUGCUGAUUUUUGGAGCACUUUUAAUCUACGUCGCUGUGAACCCCAAGCUGCACCUGGAGUGGUACCAACUCCAAACCAUUGGGAUUGCUGCAGCCAACACUUGGGGUCUGUUCCUCCUUGUCCUGUUGAUGGGUUAUGGCUUAGUGGAAAUUCCUCGCUCUCACUGGAAUGGAGCAAAAAAAGGCUACCUCCUGAUGAAAACGUAUUUCAAAGCGGCCAAAUUAACCACCGAGAAAGCAGAUGCAGAAGAAAACUUGGAGGAUGUCAUGGAGGAAGUUCGAAAAGUAAAUGAAAGCAUUAAAUAUAAUCACCCGUUACGGAAGUGUGUGGACACGAUUUUGAAAAAGUGCCCAACCGAGUACCAAGAGAAAAUGGGAAGGAAUAUGGAUGACUAUGAAGACUUUGAAGAAAGGGAUGUCAGUUAUCCAAGUGAGAAGAUGCUUGUGAAACUUCACAAACAGGUUAUCUAUGCCGUUCAGAGGCAUCGUCGGACACAGGUCCAGUGGAGGAUACUUCUGGAACAGGCCUUUUAUCUGGAAGACAUUGCGAAGAACGAGACAAGUGCCACCAGACAGUUCGUUCAUACGUUCCCUCCUCAGGAGUCAGAAAGCUGGUUCAGCCGGCAUUUCUACACCCCCACUAUCGAGUGGUAUUGGGAGUGCCUUCUCCACCCCUGGUGUUCUCGGAUCCUGGCCGUCGUCUUGGGCAUCGUCUCGGCUGUGGUUGUCUGGUCGGAGUGCACUUUCUUUAGCACAAAACCAGUGCUGUCUCUCUUUGCUGUUUUUAUACAGCAGGCGGAGAGAACGUACAACUAUAUUUAUAUUGAGGUGGCCUGCUUCCUCACCAUAUUCUUUCUGAGUAUCUGUGUUUAUUCGACUGUCUUCAGGAUCCGGGUAUUCAACUAUUACUAUUUAGCUUCUCACCAUCAAACGGACGCAUACAGCCUUUUGUUUAGCGGCAUGCUGUUCUGCCGUCUGACUCCUCCUUUGUGUUUGAAUUUUUUGGGGCUGACGCACAUGGAUGUGUCGAUUGCUCACCAGAACACCGAGCCAACUGCGUAUACCUCUAUUAUGGGUUCUUUAAGAGUCCUGCCUCUUAUUGCUGAUGUGUUUUACAUCUACUAUCCCAUGCUGGUUGUUAUCCUUUGUAUCGCUACGUACUUCAGCUUGGGGACUCGUUGCUUGAACUUGCUCGGCUUUCAGCAGUUUAUAGGAGAUAAUGACAUGACCUCAGACCUCACCGAUGAAGGCAGGGAGUUAAUCAGAAGAGAGAAAAGAAAACGUCAGAGACUAGAAGACGGUGAAACACGUCGAAGGGAAUGGAAAGAGAGAUACUCGAACAACAGAGAAGACACGAGCCGGAACCGGAAUGUGCACGCCGAACAAAAGGAGCCAAGUUACACCGAAAUGACUACUUCUAGAUCAUCAAAGUACACAAGAGCAAACAACAGAUCUGAAAAAGAUCGGAUAGAACUGCUGCAAGACGCAGAGCCGUUGGAUUUUAAUGCAGACACGUUUACCGAUGAUCCGCUUGACUCUGAAUCAGGACGGUACCAGCCGGGCGGAAGAUAUUUAUCCAUGUCUACGUCAAACAGCAGAAUAUUUGAUGAUGUAUAAGUCUGGCCAGGAACGCAGAUCAUCUAAAACUACAGAUGUCCCAGCUGUAUAUAUCCCAGCUCGUGAUAAACAAAACAAACAAAAAACCCACAUGGUUUUCAUCUGAAGGAAACAAAACCAAAAAUCAUUCAACAGCCUUUGCACUUUUUGAGGCUGAAAGAGCCGCCAUAAACGUGCUUUAUCUUCCGGGUUGGACCUACGCCUACAUAAAGUGGCGUGCAAACACUACUCCGUCUACUGUUACAACAGAUGUCAUGUGUUUGUGUUACCUGUUAAUGACUGGAAAUACGUCGCUGUAGCUGGACAGUAUGGAAAUCGGCAUAGAUUGCUUUUAGUUGCACAA